AUGGUAUUUGGUGAGAGCCCAGGAGCACGGCCGGGUGACUUUCUGGGGAAACUGUUUACAACUUCCAUCGUGUAUCCAACAGCAUUACCACCUAGAAACACAUUUGUAGCCUGUGCUCUGGCCCGGGAGCUAUUGCAAGUCCCUCUUCAAGGAUCUGGGUGCAGGCUGAACUUCCCGAACCCUCGGUGUGCCGAGGUGGCUCUCAGCUCAGGACCUUCACAGUUUCUCAUCCAGUUUCAUAUCUUAAAAUUUCAGCUCCUUGAAAAAACCCAAAAUGUUGUAUCGACAGAGACAGCAUCAGUCAACCCCGUGAUUCUUAUUCUGACAAAGCUGUACGACUAUAACCUGGGGAGCAUCACCGAGAGCUCACUCUGGAGGUCCACUGACUACGGGACAACUUAUGAGAAGCUGAAUGAUAAAGUGGGUUUAAAGACAAUUUUGAGCUAUCUCUACGUGUGUCCUACCAACAAGCGGAAGAUCAUGCUGCUCACAGACCCGGAGAUCGAGAGCAGUUUAUUGAUCAGCUCCGACGAAGGGGCCACCUAUCAGAAGUACCGGCUGACCUUCUACAUCCAGAGCCUGCUCUUCCACCCGAAGCAGGAGGACUGGGUGCUGGCCUACAGUCAGGACCAGAAGCUCUACAGCUCUGCUGAGUUCGGGAGAAGAUGGCAGCUCAUCCAGGAAGGGGUGGUGCCAAACAGGUUCUACUGGUCCGUGAUGGGGUCCAACAAGGAACCGGACCUGGUACAUCUCGAGGCCAGAGCCGUGGAUGGUCAUUCACAGUACCUAACUUGCAGGAUGCAGAACUGCACAGAAACAAACAGAAAUAAGCCGUUCCCAGGCUACAUCGACCCAGACUCUCUGAUCGUCCAGGACGAUUACGUGUUUGUGCAGCUGACGUCGGGAGGAAGACCACAUUACUACGUGUCCUACCGGAGGAGCGCCUUCGCCCGGAUGAAGCUUCCCAAAUACGCUCUGCCCAAGGACAUGCACGUCAUCAGCACAGAUGAGAACCAAGUAUUUGCAGCCGUCCAAGAGUGGAACCAGAACGACACCUACAACCUGUACAUCUCAGACACCCGCGGGGUCUACUUCACCCUGGCCUUGGAGAAUGUCCAGAGCAGCAGAGGUCCUGAGGGCAAUGUCAUGAUCGACCUCUAUGAGGUAGCAGGGAUAAAGGGAAUGUUCUUGGCUAACAAGAAGAUUGACCACCAAGUGAAGACUUUCAUCACUUACAACAAAGGCCGCGACUGGCGCUUGCUGCAGGCACCGGACGCAGAUCUCAGAGGGGCCCCCGUGCACUGUCUGCUGCCCUACUGCUCACUGCACCUUCAUCUGAAGGUCUCCGAGAAUCCCUACACAUCAGGGAUCAUUGCCAGCAAGGACACAGCUCCGAGCAUCAUAGUUGCUUCAGGGAACAUAGGUUCUGAACUGUCCGACAGUGACAUCAGCAUGUUUGUCUCUUCUGAUGCAGGGAACACUUGGAGGCAGAUCUUUGAAGAAGAGCACAGUGUCUUGUAUCUUGAUCAAGGCGGAGUCCUGGUUGCUAUGAAACACACGUCUCUCCCAAUUCGACAUCUUUGGUUGAGUUUCGAUGAAGGAAAUUCCUGGAGCAAAUACAGCUUCACUUCCAUUCCGCUCUUUGUGGAUGGGGUCCUGGGGGAGCCUGGAGAGGAAACUCUGAUCAUGACAGUGUUCGGGCACUUCAGCCACCGCUCCGAGUGGCAGCUGGUCAAAGUGGACUACAAGUCCAUUUUCGACAGACGGUGUGCACAAGAGGACUACAGACCUUGGAAGUUACACAGCCAGGGGGAGGCGUGCAUCAUGGGAGCCAAAAGGACAUACAAGAAGCGGAAAUCAGAGCGCAAGUGUAUGCAGGGGAAAUAUGCAGGAGCCAUGGAAUCGGAACCCUGUGUCUGCACAGAGGCUGAUUUUGACUGUGACUAUGGCUAUGAGAGGCACAGCAAUGGACAGUGCCUUCCUGCCUUCUGGUUCAACCCAUCCUCUCUGUCAAAGGACUGCAGCGUGGGGCAGAGCUACCUGAACAGCACUGGGUACAGAAAGGUGGUUUCCAAUAACUGCACGGACGGAGUGAGAGAGCAGUACACUGCCAAACCCCAGAAGUGUCCCGGGAAGGCCCCGCGUGGGCUCCGGAUUGUCACUGCCGAUGGGAAGCUGACGGCAGAACAAGGCCACAACGUCACCCUGCUGGUGCAGCUGGAAGAGGGUGACGUCCAGCGCACGCUCAUCCAGGUGGACUUCGGCGAUGGUAUCGCGGUGUCUUACGUCAACCUGAGCUCCAUGGAGGACGGCAUCAAGCACGUGUACCAGAACGUGGGCAUCUUCCGAGUGGCCGUGCAGGUGGACAACAGUCUGGGGUCUGCCAGCGCCAUGCUGUACUUACAUGUAACUUGUCCCCUGGAGCACGUGCACCUUUCCCUUCCCUUUGUCACCACAAAGAACAAAGAGGUCAACGCAACCGCAGUUCUGUGGCCCAGCCAGGUGGGCACCCUCACCUACGUGUGGUGGUACGGAAACAACACGGAGCCCCUGAUUACCUUGGAGGGAAGCGUAUCGUUCAAGUUCACUUCGGAGGGAAUGAACACCAUCACGGUGCAAGUCUCCGCUGGGAGCGCCAUCCUGCAGGACACGAAGACCAUUGCCGUGUAUGAGGAAUUCCGCUCUCUCCGCCUCUCCUUUUCUCCAAACCUGGAUGAGUAUAACCCUGACAUCCCCGAAUGGAGGCGGGACAUCAGCCGGGUCAUCCGAAAGUCCCUGGUGGAGGCUACAGGGGUUCCGAGCCAGCACAUCCUGGUGGCCGUGCUGCCAGGCCUGCCCACUGCUGCGGAGCUCUUUAUUUUGCCCUAUCAGGACCCAGCAGGAGAAAGCAGGAGGUCCCCUGAGGGCCUGGAGCAGAUAUCAGAGGUCCUGAUCCACAAGCUCAACCAGAACUCGGUGCACUUCGAGCUGAAGCCUGGGGUCCAGGUUCUGGUCCAUGCAGCUCACUUGACAGCAGCCCCCCUGGUGGACCUCACCCCGACCCACAGUGGAUCCGCCAUGCUGAUGCUGCUCUCCGUGGUGUUCGUGGGCCUGGCUGUGUUCGUCAUCUACAAGUUUAAGAGGAAGAUCCCGGGAAUUAAUGUUUAUGCCCAGAUGCAGAAUGAGAAAGAACAAGAGGCACUCAGUCCAGGCAGUCACACUGAGAGCAGGCCCGGUGUCCCUCACACUGCACUGAGGAGGCCUGGCCAGCUCGUAGAUGAGAAGGUGGAGCCACCGCUCAUAGAAGUUCCAAACAGCAACUUUGAGAGCACUGAGGUGCUUGGCAGCUGUUCUGUGUUUUCCAGGAUUCCAACUGAGCAUUGAAACCCCUCAUUUGCCAACUUAUUUUUAUAGAAAGCCAAUUUAAAAACAACGAAAGUUUUCUUAUAGUAUUGGAACUACUUCUAAUUUUAAAAUGACUUUUUGAUGUAUUUUUUGUUAAAUACUAUGUAGUGCAAUGUAUAAUUGCUCUUGUUUAUUGCUUUUACAAUCAUAUUUAUUAAACAGAUAAUGUCUCUAAA